AUGGUAGAAUGGGGAAUCUUGGCUCAGGAGGCAACCCAUCUUGCCCGCAAUUAUUUCCGGUCCAACAUGCAGGCCAUGGCCAAGCCUCACGGCAUUCAGCUCGGGCGCCCUCCGGACCUGGUGCACCCUGCUUUGGGCUUGAAACCGCCAGUCUACAAGCCAGACUUGGACCGCAAGAGCUUCAAGGCUACGCCUGUGGCCAGCCUGGUCCUUUCCACCGCGGUGGGUGUCCUUUCACGUUGCAAAGCGAGACAAAGGCGAGCUUGCGGCCGAAAGGCCGCUGAGGUUGCCGUGCUGAGCGACUCUCCCAGCAAGACAGUGAAGCCAAGGGCUUUGCAGCUGGUCAAGAUUGACCUGAAGAAUAACAAGGUGCUGCUCAACGAAAGCGACCUGAGUACCCUUGAAGAAGAAUUGCAGCGCUCCGGUGUUGAGAAGAUUGCGGUCGUCGCAGUGAUGGGAGCCUUCCGCACUGGAAAGUCUUUCCUUCUUGACCUGAUGCUGCGGUACUUGCGAGCGAAGCACCCGCCUACAGGCCGAGCCCCGGAAAACAAGGAGGACUGCGAGAUGCCAAAGUGGGUCGAGGAGAGAGGGGUGCCAGACUGGGCCGUCACCUGCGGGGCUAGCUUGCAGGAAGGGCGCCAAGGGGGGCGACAAGACCGCGAAGGAUUUGUUUGGAGACCUGGCAUGGAGAAAUGUACUGAGGGCAUAUGGGUGUGGUCAGAGGUGUUUGUGUGCAAAGCCGGCAACGAGGACGUGGCAGUUAUGCUCAUGGACACACAAGGCGCUUGGGACGCCAGGAUGAGCAAGGAGCAAAGUGCGACAGUGUUUGGCCUUACCACUCUUCUGGCAUCACGACUCGUCUACAACGUUUCCAAGCAGAUCCAACAGGACAAGAUUGACAAUCUGCUCUACUUCACGGAUUUUGCACAGGCCGCCCUCAGGGCUUUGCAAAGAGAGCCGACAGAUGCCAAGGAGCCAUUUCAGACGCUGGAGUUUUUGGUCAGGGAUUGGCCUCACUACCAGGAGAAUUGCAGCAUCAUGGACGGCAAGAAGAUGAUGAAGACGCACUUGGACCAGUACUUCAGCUCCGAGCGAUCGGAGGACACCCGCAGCGUUGAGGCGCUCUCCGGGAUGUUUCGCAACAUCGACGUAUGGUGCCUGCCCCAUCCUUCGCUCAAGAUCGAGCGUGAGAGCUGGGACGGGGACCUGGCCGUGAUCGAGAAGAGCUUCUGGCGGUUCAUCGACGGUUACCUGGAGAAGAUCUUCGACCCCGCGGAGCUGCGGGCCAAGGCGAUUCUGGGCAGCGCCGUGACCAGCUCCACGUUCGGCACGCUGAUGCGGGAGUUCACGGCGGCCUUUAGCGAGGCGGCGCCGCAGGCCAAGACCUUCUCGGAGGCCAUGGAGGCGUCGUCCAGUUUGCUGGCGAGAGAUUUGGCCAUGAGGAAGGCAAAGGCAAUUCUGGAGGAAAAGGCAAGAAGCAGCCCCUCUGCGGUGUCAGAGGAGGAGUUCGAGCAGAUUGCUGCAACUGCAACUGAAGCCGCCGAUGAAGAGUUCACGAACAAGGCGCUUUUUGGGUCGUCAGAGGGCAUUAUGCUGCGGAAGGACAUGCUUCUGAAAGAUCUCCAGGAGGAAAUUGCCAGGGCCCGCGACGAAAAUGAAAGGAAGCUGGAAGAAUCCUUGACUGGCUUGACAAACUUUUCGAUUGUGGGCCUGGCUGCGUUCGCAGUCGAUCGCCUGAGCGACCUGACCUGUGACUGGUGGUCAAGCUUUUGUCGAGAAGCGUCAACUGACCUCAGCUACGUGGAGGUCGGCGUUUUUGGAUGGGUUGCGUUCAGUUUGUACCAGAUCAGCCAAAAGCAAGGGCAGCUAAACGCGGCUGCUGCAGGCCUGGAACUUGCAAAGACGGUCAUGCGGCAGCUGGACCGUGGCUUCAAGGCCAUCCAGAAGGAGCGCAGUGACACGGUUGAAGUUGAGGUCGAAGUAAAGGGAGGGAAGGAGAAGCUCUAG